GCUGAACAGGAAGUGUUGGAGGCUGAGCGUGUAUAUUUGUUUACAGCCGCGAGUUUUCCGCCUGCAUGUCGCUGGGGCUGUCUUAUGUGACUGAAAAUCUUCACAGUUUUCGGCUAAAUAUUUAAAGUAGAUAGCGUCUAAUACCGAUAUAGCAACUACCGUGCGUCUGUCAUAUUUCUGCAGUAUAAAUGGGAAUAGUACCCGCUAACAAGACAUGCUAAAAUUACGCUUUAUUAGCCUGCUAACUUCCAAGGUACCCUUCACGUUACACCGUCAUGUGUCAGUGAUAGCGUAGUUAUUUCACCUCUCUCUUACGAAGUGCAAAGCUAAUGACCACAUUUGUGUGCAGAUGCGAUAGUUUGUGCCUUCAGCGAGCUAACGUUUCCGUUUGCAAGUUAGCUAGCUGGCAAAGAAGCUAACAUGGGAGUUACACAAGACAGGGUGACCUCUGACAACACGCCUCUCAAAAGAUAAGGGACCAGAUGAUGAUACAGAAUGACCAAAGACCCGAUGCAUCAUGGCAUUAUCUGAAGUUUAUUGGGAUCACCAAAUACCCCUGCCGAAGCUUGCUCCAGUCCAGGCCAAGGUCACUGUCGCCUUGGUGGCACUCCUGUGCUUCAUUAACAGUUACGACGGGGAGUUUGUAUUUGAUGAUUCUGAAGCAAUUGUCAACAACAAGGACUUGAAACCAACAACACCCCUGAACAACAUCUGGAGCAAUGACUUCUGGGGAAGCAACCUGAGUAGCAACUCUAGUCACAAAUCCUACCGACCUCUUACUGUCCUUACAUUUAGAGAUUCAGGGGAAAAGAGGACUCAUGCAGAAAAACGUAUAUCGGGGCUGAACUACCUCUUGGCGGGAGGCUUGCACCCUGUUGGCUUCCACGUGCUGAACAUCAUCCUCCAUGCUGUCAUAUCUGCCCUUAUGAUUGACGUGUUUGCUAUACUGAUUGGUGGACUGGCCUAUGAUGAAAAGGGUAGGACGCUGAACCACGCUCCCAAGACCUCUCUGCUUGCUGCCCUCUUCUUUGCUGCACACCCAGUUCACACAGAAAGUGUGGCUGGUAUAGUGGGUCGAGCAGAUCUUUUGUGCGCUCUGUUCUUCCAGCUGUCUUUCCUCACCUACUGCAAAGCUUUCAACAUAGGGAGUGACAGAGAUGACAGGUUUUCUGUCCAGUGGGUUGUGGUCAGCCUCUUGCUGUGUGCUGCAGCGAUGCUCUGUAAAGAACAAGGCAUCACAGUCUUGGGUGUGAAUGCAGCCUUUGAUGUCCUCCUGAUCUGUAAUGUUAAUGUGUAUGAACUCAGCCAGAGGCUACUCCUUAGGAAGAAUCCACUCGAUGUAAGUGAGAUAUUGCGCACGGGAUUGCUUACACGAUUGACUCUCAUGGUUCUUGGAGGACUCUCAAUGCUCUAUGCGCGCUGGAGGAUCAUGGGAACAGGGCCACCGGCAUUCACAGAAGUAGACAACCCUGCCUCUUUUGCAGAGAGUAUAUUUCUUAGAAUAGUGAACUAUAAUUACUACUACUCUCUGAAUGCCUGGCUGCUGCUGUGUCCCUGGUGGUUGUGUUUUGAUUGGUCCAUGGGCUGUGUGCCUCUCAUUAAGUCAGCCACUGAUUGGAGGAUGGUGUGGCUGCUGCUGCUCUGGUGCAUCCUGAUAGGCUUGAUAAGCCAAGCCUUAUGCUCGCAGGACAGCCAGAGAAGGAGGACACUGACCUUGGGUCUGGUGCUGCUGGUGGUCCCUUUUCUGCCGGCCUGUAACAUUUUCUUCAGGGUGGGCUUCGUCAUUGCUGAGAGAGUGCUCUACCUGUCUUCAGCUGGCUACUGCCUACUGUUGGCCUACUCCCUGGGACACUGCUGCUGCUGGUCCAAAUACAGGAAGCUACUGUGUGUGUCGGUGCUUGCGCUUUUGUGUGUGUAUGUAGCUCGCUGUGCUCUCCGCAGUCACCAGUGGCGGUCAGAGCAAAGCCUCUUUGCCAGUGCCCUGUCUGUCUGUCCGCUCAAUGCCAAGGUCCAUUAUAAUGUAGGUAAGAACCUGGCUGACAGAGGGAACACUACCGCUGCUAUCAGAUAUUACAGAGAGGCAGUCAGACUACAUCCUACUUAUGUCCAUGCUAUGAACAACCUGGGGAAUAUCCUGAAGGAGAGGAAUGAACUGAUCGAGGCAGAAAAGCUGUUGUCUAAAGCUGUUUCUAUUCAGUCUGACUUUGCUGCAGCUUGGAUGAAUCUGGGUAUAGUUCAGAACAGCCUGCAGAAGUUUGAGGAAGCAGAGCAGAGCUAUUGGAAUGCCAUCCGCUUCCGGAAAAAAUACCCAGACUGCUACUACAACCUAGGGCGCUUGUAUGCUGACCAGAACAGACAUGUAGAUGCCCUGAACGCGUGGAGGAACGCAACUGUGCUAAAACCUGACCACAGUCUGGCUUGGAACAACAUGGUCAUUCUGCUGGACAACACUGGUAACUUGGGUCAAGCAGAGCUGAUCGGCCGAGAGGCUCUGAAGCUCCUCCCUAACGACCACACUAUCAUGUUUUCAUUGGCUAACGUCCUGGGGAAAUUACAGAAAUACAAGGAGUCAGAGGGCUUCUUCCUUCACGCUCUUCGGAUCAACCCAAAUGCUGCUAGUUGCCAUGGCAAUUUAGCUGUGCUGUAUCAUCGCUGGGGAAAGCUGGAGCUGGCAAAAAAACACUAUGAACUGUCUCUAAAGUUGGACCCUGAGGCUCCUGGGACCAAAGACAACUAUAACAUGCUGCGACGCAAACUGGACCAGCUUAAACGCCACACACCCUGAGGGGUACUACUAGGACCCCUGCCUGCCGUAAAACUAAUUUUUCCAUUGUUCCACUUGGUAUUGUUUUAUCUCGCUAAUUCUGGCUUUGUACCAUUUGGAAAUAAAGACCAUGAUCUGUG